CUCACCGAGAAAGAGAGCGCCUUGAAGAAAGGCUAGCAGACGGAUGGAGCAUCAGCUCGAAGAGAAAGAGGGGCGGGACAUUGUCUGUAGCAGAUCUGAAGGCCAUGAUGGAACAGGAGCGAGCAUGAAGAUAAGACAGCUUCCUCGUAAAAUGAGGAUUCAUCCUACUGUCCAUGUCUUCGGAAUCAAGCCUUUUGUCCAGUCACAGGUGUUCGUGGUUGCUUGGUGGGCGGAGUGCGCGCACCUGCAGCUCGUUCAGCAGCACCGGAGCUGCACUAUAAGAACUGCGCUCGAACAGUGGGAGGAUGCCAGAGUGUUACCGUUGUGGUACCUUCUUGUGUUCCUUCGUCCUCCCUCGUGCUCUGCUGUCUUCCUCGAGGUGACUCUUCCUGUGUUCCCCAUGUUCCUCUCGAGUCGACCCCUGCUCCCUGGACGUAACCCUUCCGACGUUUCCCUGGUUCCUCCCGCUGUUCUGGAUCCCUGGAUUCCCCCGGUGCUGCUCGGACCCCCUCGCUCCACUCUCCAGUUGCCCAGACACCUGCUGCCAACACCCAAGCUGAUUCCACACUGCCUUCCUCCCCAGUCGGGUUAUUUGCACCUCGUGAUUGAUCCGGUUCCCUGGUCCUGGGCUCCCGUUCGAGCCGUCUCCUGCCCUCGCAGAUUAGCUCUGCAGCCUCGUAUAUUCCAGAGUCAAAUAAAACCUUUAAACUUUACCUGUGUCACCGAGUGUGUUCUGCAUGUGGGCCCGACAUCUUAA